UGUUGCUACACAUUAGUUGACCGAACGCAUGAAUCUUUCUGCAUUCCCGGUGUCUAGGCUGCGUACCCCUUCUCGGCCCACCUAUCCCGCAAGAAGGAUGCCCGCGACGUUUCCGCUCUAGUCUUCGCGAACGUAUCGGAGACACCUUCAGAUGUUCUGCAUGCCAAAUCCACGUCGUCACGGGUGGCAGGCUUGCAUGGUCUGGACAGGUGCGCCCACUCGAUAUCUAAAAAGCACAUUACGCCGUCGGCGACCCUCAGUCGCGAAUACCGGAACGAUCCUUAACUUUGUGCUCUCAUACGGCUUCAAGUUGACCUCUCCAUCAUGCAAGCGCGACUUUGGCCACAUGGUCGUCGUUCCGUGUCUUCGACUGGUCACGGCUUGCAGUGGUGUCAGAGUCCGCCGUGGAGCCCCCACCAGAACGCUAGAUUGGAGCCUUUCGACCUUACUGAUGGACCCUCGUAUGAAAACGUCGAGAAGACAACCGUGUAGAAGCCGCAUGCUUUUGCGCACCCUUACCUGUUCGCCAUGACCGAGUUAGGCACCGUCUAUCGACAAGCGGUAUCUAGAGCAUCCCAUUCAUGGUGCCGUCCUGCUCGGGAUUCUGACGUCCUCAUAUGCCUGCUUUG